AUGUUAAAGCUUUGCUUAUUUACUGUUUUCUUGUUAUUAUCACCAAUAUUUGGUCUAUUAGAAAGUCUAUUUCAAAGUCAAAAUGAUUGCUAUUCAAAAUGCGACUUAAAUCAUGCUGUUGGUUUAUCAAAUUCGGAUGCUUGUAAAAAAGGCUGUGAUUAUAAAUUACACGGUGAAAAUUGUGCAGUUCAAUGUAAAUUACUUGCCAUCGAUGAAAGAAAUCAAGCUAGCUGUUUUGAUGGCUGUUCAUCGAGUAAUUUACUAAAACCUGUUCCUGUUGAGAAUGUACCUUCACGAUCUAUCAUACUUAUACGUCUUCGUCAACGUCCAUUAGCCGAAUCUUCGUUGUUGAAUGGCGAUUCAAUGCGAAUGUUUAUGGAUAUGAUAAGAAAAAUAAAAGAGAAUAGAAAUUUCGUUAAGCAAUCAAACGAUAUCAAUACUGAUUCGCUAAAUACUGAAAAUACAUAUAAAAUGACACGUUUAAUUAUUUAUCGAAAAGAUAAAACGCCAUCGACAAAUAAUCGAUUUAAACAAUAUCUUAAUGAUGUUCAUAGUAAAUGGAAUGAUCUCAUUCGUAAACAACCUGAAAUUCCUGCAUGGAUCUGUUUUUGUUUUUUACUUUUCUCAUCAGCAUUUCUUUUGUAUAUGAUUGUAUCACUUUAUUUUCAUACACCGAGACAUCACACACUAUCAAUUCAUGCUGAAAAACUUGCUACUGAAAAUAUAUAUGAAAAAGAAAAAUUUCCAUCAAAUGAACAAGAAUAUCAAUAUAAAGAAUCUGUACCAAUUAAAUUUUAG